AUGGAUCUGCCUGAAGUGUUUGAUGUUCUCCUACUGGGUACCUCUCUUCCACAAGCAAUUCUGGCGGCAGCCCUCUCCGCUCACGGCUUAACAGUUCUCCAUGUCGACCCCUCACCACUCUACGGUUCUUACGACGCGACCGUCACACCCUCAGACCUGAACUACCUCUCCUCCCACCCUCCUCCUUACCUUCACAAACCAGCGCUGUGCAUCCUUCCCUCUGCCAAACUUGAGCUGGAGAAGCGUGCGAGGGACUAUGCUCUCUCUCUACGCCCAGGGCUGGUACGGAGUCAUUCGCCUUUGAUCGACGUGCUCGUAGGAAGCAGGCUGAGCAAGCAAUGUGCGUUCCAACUCGUACAGGGGUUAUUCCUCUACACACCUAUCCCAUCCACGCCUGCAUCUGCAACCGAAGGGCAGUCUACCCCACAAUCUCAGCAGCCAACAGGAAAAGCAGUCAAAGUCCCUUCAUCAAAAGAAGACAUCUUCUCCUCCCCUCUUCCCCUGCUCACAAAACGCAAGCUCAUGCGCUUCCUCCUCUGGUGCACCGGCACUCCUUCUGGUACACCCUCCGUACCUGGACCAGAACAGGGGCAUGGGAGGGGUUUGAUUUCGCUUGAGGAACUACCAGAGCUGAGGGGGAAGGAGGACAUGCCUCUUGUGCAGUUCUUGCACGAGGUGUUUAGGCUGGACGACGAGGGUGCUAAAGGGCUCACAUAUGCUGUCGCGCAGCGUGUUCGGGCAACCGACCCAACCCUCCCGGGCCUGCGAGCGAUCCGCCAGCACCUCCUGGGCACAGGGCGCUACGGUGCCUCUGCCUACCUGCUCGGACACUACGGUGGGCCCGGCGAGCUCGCUCAACUCUUCUGCCGCAUGGCAGCUGUUAGGGGGACACCAUAUAUCCUAGGACAUGCGAUCGAACAGCUCAAGUUGCCCACUGGUUCUAAGGCCGGGGAAGGGGAAGGGGAGGAGGCGCAAGUGAAGGUAGAGGGGAUCGAUGAGGUCUUCCGGGCGCGUAAGGUCGUGCUUGAGCCUGCCUUCUUACCUCGGGAACUGGUGAAUAACACGAGCUUGGGGAUAGCAAGAUGCAUCGUCAUACUGGAGGAGACUAUCGUCGCUGAGGAAGAGAACCUGGAUACGGCGUUGCUGGUGUUCCCUCCUGGGGCGCUAGGGGAGAGGGGAUUGAACAGAGCAGUGACUUGCUUAUGGACAGGCGAGGGAUCUAAGUCGACGCCUUACGGCCGGUAUGCUGUUUACUUGUCCGUACCGCGCAACCCGGGAGAGGAAGAACGUACUGCGAAAGACCUACUCGAACCUUACCUGAAGGCGUUCAUCCCAUUGACGGGAAGACCAGAGCAAGAGCCGCUCCUGACGUUCUUUUAUGAUUUCGUGGGCGAAAGAUCAACUGUGGGUGCGCGUACUGAAGAGGGCGAAGCUAUGCACGUGUUGAGUGGAAUUGGGGAAGGACUGGUGGAUGGAUCAGAUCGGGCGGCGGAGCUGGCACAGGAGAUGUUCGCCAAGGUCGUCGGGGCAGAAGCAGCGGCAGAGGGGAUGUGGGCCGGGUUAGAGGAUGCAGUGGACGAGAAUGAAGACGAUGCGGGUCAGGACGGUGUCGAGGAAUGGUGA